AACAGUUGCCAAAUCUAAAGAUGAAGAUCUUAAUCUGUCUUGUCGUUCUUAUUGCUGCUACCAGUGCCCAGCUGGAAAGAAUUGUUGGAGGAACUAAUGCAUCUCCAGGUCAAUUCCCCCAUCAGCUGUCUCUUCAGUAUCAAUCUGGUAGUUCCUGGGCUCAUACUUGUGGUGCUGUUCUUAUUGGACCCAGAAAAUUCUUAACCGCUGCUCAUUGUGUUUCAAGCAGCCGAACUUAUCGAGUCAUGGCCGGGUCUACCCAAUUGAACAGUGGUGGAACAUACUACACCGUCAGUAGAAUUACUAACCAUCCAAACUACAAUGGUAACGCUAAUGGUUUCCCUAAUGAUAUUGCCGUUGGUAUUCUAACUAGUGAUGUAAAUGUUGGUGGAACCAUUGGUUUGGCUUCUGCAGGUAGCAGUUUUGCUGGCAGUAAAUGUAUCAUCAGUGGUUGGGGCAGAACUUCAGGAACAUCUUCCAUUCCUAAUGAUUUGAAAUAUGUUGAAAUGAACAAGAUCACCAACAGUGAAUGUACUAGCAGAUGGGGCAGUAGCUACAUCUUUAACUUCCAUAUCUGUGUCUACGAGUCUGGUAAAUCAGCUUGCAAUGGUGACAGUGGUGGACCAAUGAUCUGUAGCAGUGAAAGUCAAACUGUUCUAGCUGGUAUCACUUCAUGGGGAGCUUCAGGUUGUCCUGGAACUAGACCCAGUGUCUAUACCAGAGUUUCAGAAUAUCUCAACUGGAUUAAUAGUAUUAACUAAAAUCAACUGAUGAUAUGAUUAUGUGAUAUUGAAUAAAUUUUAUUGAUAAUAACUGAACCGUU